CAAAGCGUGCCUUCCACGUGGUUGGCCUUCACCGAGGCUAACAUUCGUCGGGCACAUAAUGAACGUGCCGCCAGCCGCAAAGUGCGUGAAGAGAUCGAGGCUGUCCUCUUGGAAGCUUCCAACCAGAUUCACAGGGCCUGGGAGAAGAGCACGUCCGAGUUGGCCACGCGGGCAACUGAAGUUACAGAUGCGAGAAACGGAAUUCAGGCUCAACUAUCGAAAGUAGCCGUCUGUCCAUUGAGUGUUAUAGAAAGAUUUAAAGAGCUAGAGAAGGAUUAUGGCGAAGAGACUAGUUUCACUUUCUGA